AUGGGAUGCUUAACGUAUAUCACAGCUGAGAUCACCUACGGUGGACGUGUAACAGAUUUCUGGGACCAACGGUGUUUACGUACAAUUCUUCACCGUUUCUUCCAUCCGUCAACACUAGAACCGGGUUAUACAUAUUCGUCAUCUGGUAUUUAUUAUCCACCAGAGAAAGAGACUUUAUCAGAAUAUGUAGAAUAUGUGUCUAAUCUUCCCUUCACUUCUGCACCUGAGUUAUUUGGUAUGCAUGAAAAUGCUAAUUUGGUCUAUCAGCUUCAAGAAACCAGUAAAUUGAUAUCCGUCAUUCUCAGUGUCCAACCGCGAACAAGCGCUUCUAGUACAGGGAAAACAAAUGAUGAAUUGGUCUAUGAACAGGCUGAUUCGAUAUUGGAAAAGUUGCCGGAGAGGAUAAAAAUUGAAGAAGCUCGUCCAGAUUUAUUUGAAAUUGAUAGUAAAGGCCGAGUUGACUCGCUGACUACUGUACUCACUCAAGAAAUAGAUCGAUUCGAUAAAUUGUUAAAAAUUAUCAAGAAUUCCCUAAAACAAUUGAAAAAAAGCCAUUAA